AUGAAUACUGCUGCCAAUACUUCUCUGCCAUCUCUUCUGUCUGCUUCUUUGGUCUUUGCCUGGUCUCUUCUGGUGGCGUUCGUACUUUGGUUUGUCUAUGGUGCUGGUGUUGCUACUACUGCUACUGCUAAUAUGGUCUUUUCUAGUCUACAGUGUUUGGUGCAUCAUGCUCGUUCUCUGGUGUCGCUCGUUCUUUGGUUUGUCUAUGGUGCUGGUGUUGCUACUACUGCUACUGCUAAUAUGGUCUUUUCUGGUCUACAGUGUUUGGUGCAUGCUCGUUCUCUGGUGUCGCUCGUUCUUUGGUUUGUUUAUGGUGCUGGUGUUGCUACUACUGUUGCUAUUAUGGUCUUUCAUGGUCUACUGUGUUCGGUGUAUGCUGGUUCUCUGGUCUAUAUUCGGUGA